AUGGCUUCUUCUUUUUGGAGUAAUGUCUCCCUACCCACGGCAGUUUUCACAUCCCCGAUCGCCGCGAUCGUGACUCCAGCAGUGGCGGGCGCAGCUAUUGGGUAUGGAACCACCAAAUUAUUCAACACCAAAAACACAUACCGAUCGCUACGCCAACCCCCCGGCUCUCCGCCCGGUUGGCUCUUCGGCCCUGUCUGGACGAUGCUAUACGGCACCAUGGGCUAUGCUAGCUAUCGCGCCACCACCGCCGGCCUCUCGUCUCCUUCCUCGCUCGUCCGCCAUGUCGCGCAUGACUCGCAGGGUCUCUAUACCGUCCAGCUCGCUGCCAAUCUCCUCUGGAUGCCGCUCUUCUUCGGCCUGCGCAAGCCCGUGUUGUCCCUGGUGGAUAUCGCGUUGCAGGCAGGAAUGGCCGUCGGGUUGGCGUAUAAUUACUAUCGGAUUGAUGACGUGGCGCCGUGGCUUGUGGUGCCGUAUUUGGGAUGGUUGGGGUAUGCGUCGUAUUUGAAUUUUGGCGUGGGGUAUUUGAAUGGAUGGGAUAUCUCCGAGGAAGCUGUUGAGCGUCGAAAGAAGGAGUAA